AUGUCAGCAACCACAAGCGCUGCACAACGUUGCAGCAUCGACGCAACCCGGAGAAUAUUCCCCAACUCACCUCCCACGAACUCCCUCGUCUCCAAGCUCUCAAUACUUGAUUCGACAGUCGCUCGUUUCACACCCACAGCUGCGAUAUGGCUUUACGACAAGCCAAAAGCAUUACAAUUCUCACACACCGAGUUGUUCGAGACCCUCGGCCACGCAUUGAGUCAAACGCUAGACAAUUACCCGCACUUUGCAGGCCAACUCCAAUGGGCUACACCUGAGCAGGUUCAGGAUGAUGCAGUCCCGCGACACCUUGGCCGGCUAGUCGUUGCGUAUGGCUCGACCGAAGAUCCGGGGAUUGAGCUAUCCAUCGCCACGCACGACUCGAAGCUCAGCGAUGUAGUUCCCAGCCGGGCCGAGAGAUCGACGAAUCUGAAAGAGUGGAACGCCUCGAGCUUUCAGCAAAGCGAUUUCUUGCCAAAAACCAACAUUGCGCUCAUGUCUCUAAAUGCUAUCGAAGGGCUGCCUGUCAUGGCUGUUCAGCUGACGUCCUUCAAGUGCGGAGGCUUCGGGAUCAGCGCCAUGAUCUCGCAUCCGCUAGCAGAUGCUGUGUGUUUGAUGAGUUUUAUGUACUUUUGGGCAACAAGGUCGAAGCUUCUACUCGGUAAUAUUGCCGCGUCCGAUGAUUUAGGACUAUUCAAACCUGUCUUUGAUCCGGCUCAACUCGACCAGGUUGCGGGGCUCACACCGGGAGGUCCCCCGGACGCAGCAAUAGUUGCAAAGGCUCGGGCACUGCCUAUGCACCGGUUCGACUGGUGGGCAGAAGACGCACCAGGAUAUCCUCGCGCUGUCAGACCAGCUUCACUGGCCACCAUGCCAUCGCCGGACGAACCGGAAACGAUCGAGCUAAGUCCGUCAACAUAUCCCCCGUGGCCAACUUGGGACAUGAGUGUGCCAGUCGACCACGUUCAAAUACGUUUCGCUGCAGCCGAGUUGAUGCGGAUGAAAGAAGCUGCACAAGAUAGCUUGCCAGACGACAUCAAAUCACUCCGAAUAUCUAGGCUUGAUGCAGUCCUGGCCCAUAUCUGGACUCUGAUGAACCGUGCGCGCGGCCAUGAAGGAAAACUUGGACAAGCGUAUCUGAACAUCACCUUGGGUCUUCGAAACCGCGUCGAUCCACCCCUACCGGAAACCUUUGUUGGAUCGCCUCUUCUCUUAGGAUACGUUGAGGAAACCGUCAACGAAGCUAGCUCAACCCAGCUUGGGCCCAUCGCCGGCGCUAUCAGGCAGAUGACGUCUCGCUUCACGCCAGACGCAGUGGCAGCUUAUAUUCAUGACGCUGCACACGAGGUCAGCCCUCAGCGUCUAUGGCAAGGCUUUUUGGGAACGUACCAUACACUCGUGACAUCCUGGGUGAGAGCCAAAACCUACGAGCUUGAUUUCCUUGGCACGGACGAGUCGGCUCGGUACGUCCAGGGCGUCAUGCCAAAGAUUGAUGGCUUGGUUCAGAUCAUGGAUGUUGCCGACACUGGUGACUUUGAUGUCAGUGUUUGUAUGCAAAGAAGUGCCAUGAACCGGCUUCUAAAGGACAGCGCACUCCGUCAAUAUGAGCAGGCGAGCAAAAGUUGA